AUGUCAUCUUGGGACACCUAUGAGACCUCUGGUGCAGCAGCACCUCAGCCCAGUUCAGAGGUCACCAUCGGUCACACCCUGCAGGGCCGGACCGACUCUUACUCCGUCCUGGAGUGGCUUGGUGAGGGCUGCUUUGGCCGCGUAGCCAAGUGCCACGCCGUGGACCAGGACCGGAUUGUGGCUGUUAAGCUCCUCAAAGAGCAACAGUUUAAGGACAUGGAGCACGAGGUAAGUCAUGUUUGUCAAAUGAAACUGGAGGCUCAGAGUGUCCAUGAUGGAGCAGCUCAAUGUCCUCGACCCCAGCCGCACAAACAUCGUGUGUGCUUUCUGGAGCGGUUCGAGGUCAUGGGCCUUCACUGUCUGGCCUUCGAGAUGCUGGAAGUGGACCUCUUUUCCUUCAUGUCAAACAGGGACUGGGUACCACUCCAGCUCAAUGAGAUCCGGCCUAUUGCCCACCAGUUGUUGGUGGCUCUGGACGCACUGAAAGGGCUUGGUAUCGUACACACCGAUAUCAAGCCCGAUAACAUCAUGUUCAGUGACCUGGAGGAGCACCCUUUAAAAGUCAAAUUAAUUGACUUCGGAGAGGCCAGGAAGGUCUCCCAAGUCCAGCUGGGGGCCACGCUCCAGCCGUGUGGAUCCAGAGCUCCUGAGGUCACUCUCGGCCUCCCUUACACUGAGGCCAUUGAUGUGUGGGGGGUUGGGUGCAUCCUGGCCUUUCUCUAUCUGGCUGAAAACCUAUUCCCAGUAACUUGUGAGUACCAGGCGGUAAAGCGCCUGGUGACCUUACUGGGCAUGCCCCCAGACCACCUGCUAGAGGCUGGACUCUACAGCAACAACUUUUUUACCCAAGUCCAGUCCUCGAACAGCGCAGCAUGGAGACUUCUGACAGCAGAAGAAUAUGCUGCCAAAUACAAAACCACCACUGAAGAGGAACACAGCUACUUUGAAGUCCCCAGCUGCUUGGACGGCCUUGUCUGUAACCCUCCUGAAAACUCCACCGCCAAGGUAGAGGACAGGAAGGCCUUCCUUGACCUCCUGAAGGGGCUCUUAAAUAUGUUUGGUGACCAGAGACUGACUCCCAGUCAGGCUCUCCAGCACAACUACAUAACUAUGGGUCAUCUGCAAAAGGCUGAGCUCCAGGGAUACUUCAUGAUCUCAGAGGAGUUGAUGUCCAUAUGUCCAUCAGUGGACUCCUCCUUAAGUCCCCUCAAGGAGGAUCAAACGUCCGUGUCAGAUGCAACAGCUGAAUCCCAGACAGAUGCUCCUAAAUCAGACACAUCUACUGGCCAAGACUCUGGCUGGGAAUCCCAAUCACAGCUGAUCAUGAUGGUGAAGAAAGUCUCAGUUCAGACUGCAUUGGUACUGAUCGUAGAAGAGACAGAGGGUUUUGAUGGUGCAGCUGAGGAAGAUGUCUCUGAGAAUGAAGAUCAAAUUUGUGAAAAUCCAGGGUCAGAGAGUGAGUUUGAAGAGAAAGGGGACAGGAGGGUGAAGAUCAGCCAACAGAGCCAGGAGCAGGAGCAUCCAUGA